AUGACUUUCAAUGCACUUGGCUAUUCGCUUGUGCUGACGAGUUGCUUCUUUCAAGCGACCUACUUGGUCUAUGUGAAAAAGACAGCACGUGACCUAUCUACCUACGACAUGCUCUACUAUAAUAGUGCGCUCUCUCUGCCAUUCAUAACGGUGCUGAUGCUAAUUUUCGGCGAGGUUCCCUAUGUAAUGACCUAUCCACAGAUACACGACCCAAUGUUCCAGCUAUAUUUCAUUCUCUCUGUUUUCAUUGGAUUCCUUCUGAAUUUCUGUAUAUUCUUUUGUACUUCUGUCAAUUCGGCACUGACCACAUCGGUAACCGGACAGAUCAAAAACAUUGCUUCCACAGUGAUUGGUGCCAUCAUCUUUAAAGACAUUGUUAUUCAUCCAUACAAUAUCAUCGGAUUGGCUAUCAACAUGAUUGGUAGUAUUUGGUAUUCAGCAUUGAAAUUAGGUUCAUAA